GUGCUCUUCGCCGUCUGCUGUCCCUCGGGGAGACUCGCCGAAACAUUUCCGAAGAGAUUGGAGGACACUCCAACAUUUCCCUUCUAUCCAGAGAAGGAGGACGCUGUGUACCGAGAAGGCAUCUUUGUUGGAUACCGUUACUACGAUAUAAAGAGGAUCGAGCCACUAUUUCCAUUUGGUCACGGUCUCAGUUACACUGAGUUUCAGUACAGUGAUCUUGCCGUCGAAGUGAAACACACUAAGAAGGAGAAUCAAAGUGACACUACUCUUGAUGGUGGCGCCCAAGACGUUCUCGUCUUGGUCUCGCUUACAGUGAAGAACACAGGAAAAAUGGCUGGCAAAGAGGUUGUACAGUUGUAUGUCCAAGACGUGUAUGCACCAGUAUUACGCCCGGAGAAGGAACUCAAGGAAUUUGCAAAAGUGCUUCUUCAACCUGGCGAGUCCAAGCGGGUGACCUUCGAGCUGAACAGAAGAUCUUUUGCAUACUAUGAUGAGAAGGCGAAGGAAUGGCGUGUGCACGACGGCAAGUACACAAUCCUUGUUGGUGCAUCGUCCCGUGACAUUCGUCUUCAGGCACAGGUAGAAGCGUUCCAUGAAAAAGUGAAUGAUAUUCCGGAGAUUCACCGUAACAUUGCGAUAAAGGAGGCGUUUCGUUUCCCUGAGACAGUGCAACAGGCAAGAGAAUUGAUGAACCGACUUGGAAUUUCUGGGAUGACUGAGGGAACUCCAUUCUACGAAUUGUUCUCCAACUUCUCCAUCCGUGCCGUCUGCCGCAUGGUGGGUGUUAAUGAUGAGGAAAUGGAAGGAUUUCUCCAGAAGCUUCGUCUUGCCAGCUCCAAGGCCAAAGCAAAAGGAUCCAAUGGAGCGGAGUAA